UAAUAUAUUUGCUUCUUCCAUCGAACAGCCAGGUGUAGAUUGUGUUGACAGAAACACUGGUGGAUGUUUAGCUUCCCAUUCAGAAGCGACACUACUAUUGCCGGUGUCUGCCAUCAAUUGCGUGGCGACUCUCCCUGUAUUGUCAACAAGUGCGCGGUCGAGAAGAAGAGGCUUUGUUAUAGAUGCGGAGAGGAAUAACUCCGUGAUCGUGUUUGUCGGCGUCCCUGAUACUCCCUCACAUCACUGAUCGCGUAUAAAAUCGAGCACAAUCGAUCUGUAGGGUUCAGAGUCAGGCAGUCGGCAUCAUUAAAAGUCAUUAAGAAAAACAGUUGACGAUAUACAUUGGGGUGUUAGAGACAUGGCCUCGUGGUCACUAGAAACAACCGUUCUCAUACUGUGCUUGUCAGUCUUCUCAACAGAGGCUUGUUUUAUCCGAAACUGUCCGCCAGGGGGCAAACGGAGUUUACCUGUUCUAGACCACACGCCAAGAAAGUGUAUGUCAUGCGGGCCAGGCACAGCUGGGCAGUGCGUGGGGCCAAACAUUUGCUGCGGGCCGGACUUCGGAUGUUACAUUGCGACGGAGGAAUCAGAAGUGUGCCAAAAGGAGAACGAGAGCCGGACCCCGUGUGAGAUAGACGGGGCCCCAUGUGGUGUGGACGGCCAGGGGAACUGUGUGGCCGAUGGAGUGUGCUGUGAUUCAGAAGCAUGUGCCUUCAACAGCAGAUGUAAGGCCUCACGGAGACCCGUAAACCCCAGGCUAGUCUCAUUACUGCAGCGCCUCCUACGGGAAAAGACAGAUGACUGAUUACCGUCCUUGGACUGACGUCAUUCAGAUGUUCCUGCCACAGAUGGCGCCACUAUCGUGCCAUGACGUCAACUUGAAUGAGGAAAACCUCAUAAAUUUAAAUUCUGACUGUAGAAGAAAAUGCUUGACUUAGAACUGUGUCCUUUGUUCUUAGGUUUUUGCAUUUUAAUGUAUCUCAUCUACAAUGCUGUAUUAAUAUUUUGUCAUCAUUUCGGUUGCUCGUGGAAACUUCCAAGCAUACAACUUUCAGGUGUGAGAGAGUAUGCCAUAACAGAUGUUGCCAUGGAUACUUGUACUACAAAUUAGGUUAUUCAUUUCUUUCGUGCUUUUCUGUUGGUUAUAGUCUCAUAAAUUUUCCAUAAAGCCCUUCAUAUGCAUUUAUCUAACUGACAGUUUAGUCAUUAUUGUAAAUAUCACUGAUUGGUUAUCUGUAUGAGCCAGGAAGAUUUAAGGAAUAAAGUAAACGUUCAUAACAAAAGACAGUGUGAAUUUGUGUGUCAACAAGUCUCUUGACCAGAAACAAUGGACGAUUGAGUGAGUACAGGGAGGGGAGGUUACUCAGCUGUGCUAUGCCCGUAACCAUCCCGAACAGCUUCCGGGCAAUGCAGGAACACCAAUGAACCUGAAUAUAUCGAAUUUCAAAAACAUUCCCCUCCUGAAGUGACUUGUUUUCGACGGAAGGCUUUUAACAAAUGCCAUGGCUCAUGUUUUGGCAUCAAAUUAAAAUGGUGUUUAAUUUUGUUACAUUUCAUCUAUCAGAUCAGAAAAUAGAGGUCACACUAGGAAAGGCGAUGCAUACGACCACACCUAAUUCUCAGACCUUGAUUGAUGUACAUACCUGAGACUAGUCUCUGUACCUGAAAAAAUGAAAAAGAAAAAUGUAUUUCAGAUGUAAAAAUACUUUUCACCACUGUUUUUCCAUUGGGGAUGACCGAAUAGAAUAAAUUUUUAU